AUGUUUCACCUGCUGGUCCUAAUUGCUAUUAUUUCCUGCAGUAGAAUUGUCGCUGCCAUCGAUCUUACGCUGACACAGCAACUCAUGCUUGCGCCAAGUCGCUAUGCAAGAUAUGCAUUGCUGAAGGAUGAGGAUUUCCUAUUCGAUUUCGACAACGGUAACAGCAGUGAUAUUGUUACUGGUGGAUAUCUUGCUGAUGCUACAAGCGAGACCUUCCCCGCUUUGGUUGGCCAAGGUGUGGGAAUGGCUAUUGGUAUUUUGGGGCCAUGCGGGUUUAAUACGCCUCAUUCACAUGUUGGAGGCACCGAAUUCUUUAUUGCGCUCAAUGGAACGCUUCAUUCGUACUUGGCGCUUGAGCCCCCGGCCACAAACUCUGGCGCUACUCCCAGGGUCGUCAAUCUCACCAUCAAUGCCCUUCAAGCUACCAUCUUCCCCCAAGGCUCCACUCAUAUGCAGUUCAACCCCAGCUGCGAAACCCGUGCAUUUGUCGCUGCAUUCGGAACUGAUGAUUUUGGACGGGUUCAGCAGUUCGAAGCGCUUUUUUCCGUACCUGACGAUGUGCUCCAAGACAGUCUCGGCGAAACACUCAGUCCUGCCCAGAUUGACAACGUCCGGCAACAUAUCCCUGGCCUCGCCAUGAAGAGCAUCAGUCAGUGCAGAGUGAAAUGCGGAACGUCACAACAUUGGUAG